GGCGUUCCGGGUCCCUGCAGGGAGCUCAGUCCCAGAGCCCGCGGAGUUGCGCGGACGCUCGGCUCCUUUCCCCGCAUCCAGCGCGCAGGGCCGAGGGGGCGCCGGGUGCGGGCGCGGGCGGGAGCAGGACCAACGCGGGGAGCGCGCCGAGAGCCCGCCCCGCCCUCCCGCCGCCCGGGGUCACGCGCCGCGCGGUCCCCGCCCCGCAGCGCCUGGCCCAGGGCUUCCCAGCCGCUAAUCCCGAGUCCCGCGCCCCAUGGAGCAGCUGCUGCGGGCCGAGCUGCGCACUGCGACCCUGCGGGCCUUCGGCAGCCCCGGCGGCGGCUGCAUCAGCGAGGGCCGAGCCUACGACACGGACGCAGGCCCCGUGUUCGUCAAAGUCAACCACAGGACACAGGCCCGGCAGAUGUUUGAAGGGGAGGUGGCAAGCCUGGAGGCCCUCCGGAGCACCGGCCUGGUGCGAGUGCCGAGGCCCAUGAAAGUCAUCGACUUGCCAGGAGGUGGGGCCGCCUUUGUGAUGGAGUAUUUGAAGAUGAGGAGCUUGAGCAGUCAAGCAUCAAAACUUGGAGACCAGAUGGCAGAUUUGCACCUUUACAACCAGAAGCUCAGGGAGAAGUUGAAGAAGGAGGAGAACACAGUGGGCCGAAGAAGUGAGGGUGCUGAGCCUCAGUAUGUGACCAAGUUCGGCUUCCACACAGUGACAUGCUGCGGUUUCAUCCCACAGGUGAAUGAAUGGCAGGAUGACUGGCCGACCUUUUUUGCCCGGCACCGGCUCCAGGCGCAGCUGGACCUCAUUGAAAAGGACUAUGCUGACCGAGAGGCACGAGAACUCUGGUCCCGGCUACAGGUGAAGAUCCCGGAUCUGUUUUGUGGCCUGGAGAUUGUCCCUGCCUUGCUCCAUGGGGAUCUCUGGUCGGGAAACGUAGCUGAGAACGACGCGGGGCCCAUUAUUUACGACCCGGCUUCCUUCUAUGGCCAUUCCGAGUUUGAACUGGCAAUCGCCUUGAUGUUUGGGGGGUUUCCCAGAUCCUUCUUCACCGCGUACCACCGGAAGAUCCCCAAGGCUCCCGGCUUCGACCAGCGGCUGCUGCUCUACCAACUCUUUAACUACCUGAACCACUGGAACCACUUUGGGCGGGAGUACAGGAGCCCUUCGCUGGGCACCAUGCGGAGGCUGCUCAAGUAGCGGAUCCCCGCCCCUGCCCCCUUCCCCAGCCCCCCCUUUCCUCGCCCCUGCCCGCUUCCCCAGCCCCCUCUUCCUCGCCCCUGCCCGAUUCCCCAGCCCCUCUUUCCCCGCCCCUGCCCCCUUCCCCAGCCCCUUUUCCCGGCCCCUUUCCCCUGUCCUUGUUCCCCAGUCCGCUACCUCCCGCCCCUGCCCACUUCCCCCGCCCGCGUCCCGGUCCCCCUUACCCUCGCAGAUGCAGGGGGACAAUAAAGUCCACAGCGGGCCUCGGCUGGCAUCCCGCGCCUCCGUGCUCCGCGCGUGGGGCUGCUUUCAGGCGA